AUGACCGACGAGAAGCAUUUCGAGGCCGAGGCACUCUCUCUCCGGAGACUCGCCUUCUUCGGCGUGGCCCUUUCCACCAUGGCCACCCUGAUCUGCGUCGUCUCAGUGCCAAUGCUGUACAACUACAUGCAGCACAUGCACUCCGCCAUGCAAAACGAGGUUGACUUCUGCAAGUCCCGCUCAGGAAACAUGUGGAGAGAAGUCACCCGCACUCAAACCCUCGCCAAGGUUACUAGGAGCCGUCGUCAGGCCGGCGGUGGAUGCUGCGGUUGCGGAGUCUCUGCUAGAGGACCACCAGGACCACCAGGAGCAGCUGGUCAACCUGGAGGUGAUGGACGUCCAGGACAGCCCGGAAGAAAUGGA